UGUCGCUGUUGUCAGACAAAUUGACUCUAGAUGUGCGCCUGUCGGUUUAAAGUUGCACCGGAAGUCUGCUCGUCCUCUUCUACCAGGCCGAUCCAACAUGGGACGAGUCAGGACCAAGACGGUGAAGAAGGCCGCCAGGGUCAUCAUCGAGAAAUACUACACCCGGCUGGGAAAUGACUUCCACACCAACAAGAGGGUGUGUGAGGAGAUCGCCAUCAUCCCGAGCAAGAAGCUUCGCAACAAGAUUGCUGGGUAUGUGACACAUUUGAUGAAGAGAAUCCAGAGGGGUCCAGUCAGAGGAAUCUCCAUCAAGCUGCAGGAGGAGGAGAGGGAGAGGAGGGACAACUAUGUCCCAGAGGUGUCUGCUUUGGACCAGGAGCUCAUUGAAGUGGAUCCAGACACCAAGGAGAUGCUGAAGCUGCUGGACUUCGGCAGCCUGUCAAACCUGCAAGUCACCCAGCCCACUGUCGGCAUGAACUUCAAGCAGCCCCGAGGAGUCUAGCUUCUGUAAAGUAUCUUCCUAAUAAAAACCGUUUGGGACAAACA